GAAAGAUUCCUCUCGUUCCACGACACUUUGGCGACAAAAGAAAAAAAUUACCCUUUCAGCACCAAAACAAAGAUUUCCUUCAAUUUAAUUUUUAAAGUACAGAGAUUGGUAAAAUUUUUAAAGUAGUGAUCGCAGGAGGUCAAGAUGGAAGAAAACCUUCAGAGUGAUGUCAACAAUGAGCUGCCAAGGAAUCAUGAUGACAACAUACCUGAUGAAUUCAAUUACUCUAAAAUAACAGAUGAAAUAGAAGCGAUGACAGAAUAUGUGGAACAACUAAACACUGAAGUGACUAAAAUGAGAGUUGAAUGCUGUGUUGCAAAUAUUGAACUUCUCAGUACCAUUGAUGCUGUAGAUUUUGAAGGAAAAAUAAAUGAGCUUCAAAAGCUGUAUUCCACUUAUAAGAAUUUUGAGUCAGAAACCAAGAAUAAAUGAAUUAUUGUAAUGUCUUAAAGUUCAUUUCAAUUUAUGAAAAAUAUGUGAUGAAAAUAAAACUUU